CUCUCGUACGCAACAAAGCGCGACGCGGGAUCUCCCGCCACUCAGUUCACUCGCGAGCUUGCGCAAGGAAACAACUCCAAAAUAUAAACCAGUAUUUUAAAAUCACAGUGUUGCACCACAUUAUUGGAACGAAAUUUCUUUACAUUUCACUCUUUUAAGAUUAAACUACCAAGAUGUCUGAGAGCAAGCAACUCGAAGCCGGCCAGCAGCUCGUCAAGAGGACCAUGGAUGAGCUGAUCCAACAGAAGCAAACAACAGAGAAAGUUACCAUCCAGGCCAGACAGGAGUUCCGCGAACAUUACCAGGAGAGCUACGAGGAGGAGUUUGAAGAGGAGACCUUCAUUGAUGAAUUCGGAAAUGAGACCACAAAGAGGGUGGAGUCCAGCAGCGAGAGCAAAGAGCAUUCGAAGAGUGCGGACGUCAAAGUGAAAGCCACCGGCCUGAACGCCGAGCAAGUGAAGGCGCUCACAGACUGCGCGAACGAGGCGGGACAACUGGCGCUCGACUCCAAGCCUGCUAACUGAACGUGUCUGCCUUAUCCCGCGUGUGUGGUGGUCUCAAAUAGUGAUAAAGACUGUGUCCAGUGUUCCUUAUUAAGUAUUUUAUUUUAUCUAUUUAUGUAAGAGAAAAUUUGAUAAGUAUGCAAUAAAUAUAUUUAAAUGCAA